GGGGGCGGGGCCCGGCGGAGGCCAGGAGACCGAAAACGCGGCCGAGCCCGGAGCCCGGAGCCGGAGCCAGAGCCUGGACCAGAACUUGGCCGCCGCCUGCCUGCACCGCCGCCGCCCGCCGCCCGCCUCCCCUUCCCCGAGCUGCCGUCGCCGCCUCGGCCGCCACCUCCGCCAGCUCGGCCGCCAGUGGUCCGCGGACUUUGGGUGUCCGGGUUGAAGGUCGGUCCGGACGUCGGACCCAGCUCGGUUCUCGGACUGUCUGGGCGGCAGCGGCCGCCGCCGCCGCCGCCUCCUCGUCGCCUCAGCCUGGCGUUUUGUUCCGAGAGACCCCAGAGGCGAGCAGAGCUGACAGUGAUUUUGACAGUGAUUUAAACCCGCUUUUGUUGUUGUGGGCUUUUCGUUGUUUGGUUUUGUGUGUUGUGCGUGUGUGUGGCGGUUUUUCCCCCGUGGUGCAUUUUAUUUUUUAUUGUUGUGCUCUUUUUUUCUUCCUUUUUUUUUUUUUUUAAAAAAAAAACACCUCGUGAACGUUUUUUUUUUUUUGGUCGGGUCUUCCGAAUAUGUUUUAUGACGGUUGAUUUUACACCAGGAGGUUUGUCUCCGAGGAAGACCUAGGGAACUGGAUAUCUAGCGAGAACUUCCUACGGAUUCCCCGGCGCCUCGGGAAAAUGGGAGCUGCUGCAAAGUUGGCGUUCGCCGUCUUUCUUAUCUCUUGUUCUUCAGGUGCUAUACUUGGUAGAUCAGAAACUCAGGAGUGUCUUUUCUUUAAUGCUAAUUGGGAAAAAGACAAAAGCAAUCAGACUGGUGUUGAACCCUGUUACGGUGACAAAGAUAAACGGCGGCAUUGUUUUGCUACCUGGAAGAAUAUUUCUGGUUCCAUUGAAAUAGUGAAACAAGGUUGUUGGCUAGAUGAUAUCAACUGCUAUGACAGGACUGAUUGUGUAGAGAAAAAAGACAGCCCUGAAGUAUAUUUUUGUUGCUGUGAGGGCAAUAUGUGUAAUGAAAAAUUUUUUUAUUUUCCGGAGAUGGAAGUCACACAGCCCACUUCAAAUCCAGUUACACCUAAGCCACCCUAUUACAACAUCCUGCUCUAUUCCUUGGUGCCACUUAUGUUAAUUGCGGGGAUUGUUAUUUGUGCUUUUUGGGUGUACAGGCAUCACAAGAUGGCCUACCCUCCUGUACUUGUUCCAACUCAAGACCCAGGACCACCUCCACCUUCUCCAUUACUAGGUUUGAAGCCACUACAGUUAUUAGAAGUGAAAGCAAGGGGAAGAUUUGGUUGUGUCUGGAAAGCCCAGUUGCUCAAUGAAUAUGUGGCUGUCAAAAUAUUUCCAAUACAGGACAAACAGUCAUGGCAAAAUGAGUAUGAAGUCUAUAGUUUGCCUGGAAUGAAGCAUGAGAACAUAUUACAGUUCAUUGGUGCAGAAAAACGAGGCACCAGUGUGGAUGUGGAUCUUUGGCUAAUAACAGCAUUUCAUGAAAAGGGUUCUUUGUCAGAUUUUCUUAAGGCUAAUGUGGUCUCUUGGAAUGAAUUGUGUCAUAUUGCAGAAACCAUGGCUAGAGGAUUGGCAUAUUUACAUGAGGAUAUACCUGGCCUAAAAGAUGGCCACAAACCUGCCAUAUCUCACAGGGACAUCAAAAGUAAAAAUGUACUGUUGAAAAACAAUCUGACAGCUUGCAUUGCUGACUUUGGGUUGGCGUUAAAAUUUGAGGCUGGCAAGUCUGCAGGUGAUACCCACGGACAGGUUGGUACCCGGAGGUAUAUGGCUCCAGAGGUAUUAGAGGGUGCUAUAAACUUCCAAAGGGAUGCAUUUUUGAGGAUAGAUAUGUACGCCAUGGGAUUAGUCCUGUGGGAACUGGCUUCUCGCUGUACUGCUGCAGAUGGACCUGUAGAUGAGUACAUGUUGCCAUUUGAGGAGGAAAUUGGCCAGCAUCCAUCUCUUGAAGACAUGCAGGAAGUUGUUGUGCAUAAAAAAAAGAGGCCUGUUUUAAGAGAUUACUGGCAGAAACAUGCUGGAAUGGCAAUGCUCUGUGAAACGAUAGAAGAAUGUUGGGAUCACGAUGCAGAAGCCAGGUUAUCAGCUGGAUGCGUAGGUGAAAGAAUUACCCAGAUGCAAAGACUAACAAAUAUCAUUACCACAGAGGACAUUGUAACAGUGGUCACAAUGGUGACAAAUGUUGACUUUCCUCCCAAAGAAUCUAGUCUAUGAUGGUUGCACCAUCUGUACACACUAAGAAAUGGGACUCUGAACUGGAGCUGCUAAGCUAACGAAACUGCUUACAGUUUUUUUUCCUGUGUGAAAUGAGUAGGAUGUCUCCUGGAAACAUAAGAAAGAGGACCUUUGUUGAAAAAUGUGGCUCUGGGAGACUUACUGCAUUGCCUACAGCACAGAUGUGAAGGACAUGAGACUAAGAGAAAAGUUGCAAACUUUAUAAAGAAACUUUUGAAAAAGUAUACAUGAAGAAUGUGGCCCUCUCCAAAUCGAGGAUCUUUUGGACCUGGCUAAUGGAGUGUUUGAAAACUGACAUCAGAUUUCUUAAUGUCUGUCAGAAGACACUAAUUCCUUAAAUGAACUACUGCUAUUUUUUUUUAAAUCAAAACUUUUCAUUUCAGAUUUUAAAAAGGGUAACUUGUUUUUAUUGCAUUUGCUGUUGUUGUUUCUAUAAAUGACUAUUGUAAUGCCAAUAUGACACAGCUUGUGAAUGUUUAGUGUGCUGCUGUUCUGUGUACAUAAACAAAGUCAUGAAAGUGGGGUACAGUAAA